AUGGCAUCAGCCACGCUCGGGGCAGUACGUUUGCUAGUGCCGAUAAGAAUAUGCAUGCCACCACAGGAAGUGGGUUGGGCUCUUCGUAAUGCUGCGUGCAGCGUGCUGCGGGUUGUAGACGUGUUCGGCAGCAGACAGCCAGGCUUUGCAGGCGUCAAGUCGUCGGGCAAUGUUGAGCGCUCUUUGCGUGUUGGCCUGGGUGCAUGUUUCAGCCCGGGGCACGUGCUGCGGGUUGUAGACGUGUUCGGCAGCAGACAGCCAGCUGGGAACGGCUUGGUGUACCAGGCUUUGCAGGCGUCACGUCGUCGGGCAAUGUUGAGCGCUCUUUGCGUGUUGGCCUGGCCACCACAGGAAGUGGGUUGGGCUCUUCGUGAUGCUGCGUGCAGCGUGCUGCGGGUUGUAGACUGUUCGGCAGCAGACAGCCAGCCACCACAGGAAGUGGGUUGGGCUCUUCGUAAUGCUGCGUGCAGCGUGCUGCGGGUUGUAGACGUGUUCGGCAGCAGACAGCCAGCCACCACAGGAAGUGGGUUGGGCUCUUUCUAA